UCAGCAAUAGAUUAAUUCAGGAGUUUGCUUUGCAGGCUAGCACAUCAGAUCCUGUGCAGCAGAUCUUAGCUAGCAUGCUAACAUUACUUCUCUUUCACAAACCGUAAGAACAUUACUCAGUUCAGCACCUAGUUCCACUUCUUAUUAAAGUUUUCUGUUGCUGGAUGGUGGACUUGUUUUUGUUUUAAUUCCUUCUGUACAGCGGGUGCAUGGAGACUACUUGGGGUUUUGUUGCCCCUUCGUUCCAAUUGGCUUGUUGGGUUGGAGCAUCAAGCUAAGCUAACAAGGCAAACUAAUACCAGUGAGGUACUGGAGCACAGAUCUGACCAUAAUCACACUAAGAUCUGUUAGACAUGGACUCCUACGCUAUACGAUCAUGAUUUUAGUUGGGCGUGCGUGUAUUUUAGGUUCUUUUCUAAUCUGGUAACAUCAGCCUGAACACUGAAAUCAUUUUAGGAUCUCCAGCCAGUUGUGGGAGAUUGAAAGAUUUCAACAAUGUAGCUCAACACAAAGUAAGUUCACUAACUAGUAUGAAUAACCAAGCAAUGAUGGCGCAAGAGAAGAUGGAACUCGACCUCGACCUCCCAUCAGCUCUGAUUCAGACUGACGGACACUUGAGGCGAUCCAACAGCGAACCAAUGAUCAACGGAUUAAGUGACAGCUCACAGGUUUUUCAACGAGAAAUCCUAUGCAGCAGGAGAAACAGCACGACCUUAGUCAACAGACCCAACUUGGUCCCAUCCUCCCCAGUUCGCAUUCCUAGCACCAGGCUUGAAAGGAUCAAACAGGAGGAAGGUGUGGAUGUGAUGAACAGGGAAACGGCUCAUGAAAGGGAGAUACAGACAGCUAUGCAAAUGAGCCAAUCGUGGGAGGAGAGUCUUAGUCUGAGUGAUAAUGACUUUGACAAGUCCUCCUCAUCGUCCCCGAAGCGAAUCGAUUUUAGGCCGGUCUCCCCUGCUCCAUCUCCCACCAGAGGGCUCGGAAAGAAGCAGUGCUUCUCUCCAUCUCUACAAAUCUUGGUGAGCAGCAAUGGUUUAAAUCCCAGCCCCAUCCCCAGCCCAACUCGUCGCUUCAGCAGGAGGAGUCAGAGCCCUAGUAACUGCAUUAGACCCAGCAUCCUCGGCCAAACUAUCAAACGCAAAGUUUCAGGUGAUAUGGAGGCAGAAAGUCAGCCGAAGAGACUCUUCCAGGGCACAACCACCGUGCUGUCCACUGAAUCGACUAAUCUGUCUGACGGCAGCUCCUGUCUGUCUUCAGAUCUGCUGGAUGGAAGUCUAAGCAGUGUCGGAUCCUCCUCAGGAUCUCCAGCUAAAAUGGAAGGGGUUUCACCCUCCUCCAGCAACUCUCCCUUCACCCCCCUGCAGGAUCUCUCGCCCAAGUGAGCCACAUGUCUGAGUGCUGUUCGGUGGCGGACGAGAGUCUCCCGUGCUUCUGUUCCACGCCUUCCCAGCCUCGCUUUCGUCCUCAUCUUCGAUUUGCUUUCUACAGCGGGGAAGCUUGGCUCUGUGUUAAAUGAAACCAAAGCCCUGUAGGUGUUUUGCAUUGACUGUACUCUUCAUGCGGACGAAGACUGUGGAUGCUGUUUGCGCCAGCUGCUAUAUAAAGGGGCAAAGCUCCAUAAUGAAGUGAAGAGCGUUCCAGAGCCCUGCUGUUUCUGUAUGAAUUUGUUAACGUAGCUGUAUGAAAUGUAGAGGAACGCCAACGUUGGAGCGACAGUACCAUUAGUUUCAAUGGCACGCAUCUAAGGCUUUUACUAUUGUCCUUUCAUUUGUAUAUCAUAGCAGGUAACAGGUAUUGUGUGAAAGAUUUAACUUAUUUUUUUUGUUCCUGCUUUGUUUUUUUUUUGUUUUUUUGUAAAGUAUGUAAAUACGUUCUAGUGUUCGUAAUUAGCUCGUCAGUUAUAAUCUGUGUGAAAGUAAAUAUGCGAAGUGCGCCAGCAGUUAACUGACAUUUGGCCUUUUGGUGCAUUUUUAUCAGGGUGCACAUGCAGUUGCGUACAUUUCGAAGUCCUCCGAGUGGUCAAGUGCAUUGGGUUUGUUCUCUCUUCACAUUCAUGUGGACAGAACAGUGAGUAAAAACAUUAGCAAGUACCUACUAAUUACACCGAGAGGAACUGCUUGUCAUCCUCUGUUCAGGUGUCCGAACAUGAGAGAGGGAUGUGAUUUUAGGGAAAUGGUUACCACUAAAUCCAGGAUUUGAACACUACAGCACAUUAGCAGACUGUAUCUCAGUUCAGUUACAGUUCUGCCAUUCUGGACAUAGCUUUACUCACUGUGGUGCGUUUUCCAGCCCGUUAUCCAGCACUGUGUCACGUUGUCAUCCAAAUAAUUAUUUCUUUGUGCUUUUUUUUUGACGGAGUGGACUUGCUGCAAAGAACCAGCUGCUGAUAGAGACACAAAUGUAUUGUUGAAAUCUUGUAAUCUUGAUUCACAUCUAGGGAAAGAUCUACUGAUACUUAAAAGUAGUGUGCCAUUAAAAGGUCUGUAUAUAAGAGAUGUAAGUAAAAUUGUAGGCCUACUUGUGUGAAUUGUUUUUCAGUUGGGCUUCAGUUCUUUUAGUAAAUAUUAUUUUUUUUGUAAAUGGUUUUAUAAAUUUAAGAGUUUCAUUUAAAAAAAAGAAUGGGUUUAUUUUCUCAGAGCAUGAUAUGCAUUAUAAACUCGAUUUUAUUUGUGAGCAAAGAUGUGAUUGUAUAGUUUUUCACUGCAGUGGAAUAAGGGUGUGGUUUAGAACACCGUAUAGGAAAAAGACCGAGGUGAAAUGGCAGUUUCCUUCGUUUUCUCUGAAUGUUUUACUUUGCUAACGAAAUCAGCAAGAGGGUCGAUAUCCCCUCUUUCUGUACUAUAUCGAUGGUUGAAGUGUUUGUGGUUUGAUCUGUUUUUGUCCUGUGGACUAUUUAAUUUACGCUGUCGUCUGGACUCUGUGAACAGUGCUUUUAAAGCGUAAACACAAAGCCUAUGUUGGAGUGAGUUGAGUGCUUACAGGAUUAAAUCUUUGUUGAGCUCUGCUCGAAAUGGACAAAAAUAUUUCCUUGUCCCAUUUAUAAGUGAUCUUCAGAUUACAAAAUAAAUUAUUUGUCCAACA